GGGAAGGCAGGCAGCAUAAGAACAGCAGGUUUUCCAAAGGGACCAGCAGCCAUGGGAAAAGGUCCCUCAUCUUCCUCGUGUACUUCUCUGUUUCUUGUCCUGGAAAAUCAUCCCAGUGGUUCCCCAGUUGGUUUUCCACAUGACUAAACCCCACGGGCCUCAUCGCAUCAUACCCAGGCCACCUGACUGCCUCUCGCCAGUUCCUCCCGUGCCUGGAGCCCGGUCGGGGCACAGACCCGGGCACACUGCCCAUCCCCUCACCUGCCUUCACCCACAGCCUCGCCAGAGAGGCCUCUCCCUGAUGGCCUAGCCGAGCGCGGGGCCAGCCUGGGGUCUCCGGACGCUCACAACAUGGAAUGGUCCGUCGGACUCCUGGCCUGCCUAGUGGGCCUCCUCCCGAUGGAUUCAUUUGCGAGAACCAAAAGAGAUACUACCGGGAACUUGGUCGACACAGAGGUGCACAGUGCGCCGGAGCAGCGCUGGUCCAUGCAGGUGCCGGCCGAGGUGAGCGCGGCGGCGGGCGAGGCGGCCGUGCUGCCCUGCACCUUCACGCACCCGCACCGCCACUACGACGGGCCGCUCACGGCCAUCUGGCGCGCGGGCGAGGCCUACGCGGGCCCGCAGGUGUUCCGGUGCGCGGCGGCGCGGGGCAGCGAGCUCUGCCAGACGGCGCUGAGCCUGCACGGCCGCUUCCGGCUGCUGGGCAACCCGCGCCGCAACGACCUGUCGCUGCGCGUCGAGCGCCUCGCCCUGGCCGACGACGGCCGCUACUUCUGCCGCGUGGAGUUCGCCGGCGACGCCCACGACCGCUACGAGAGCCGCCACGGCGUCCGGCUCCGCGUGACCGCCGCCCCGAGGAUCGUCAACCUCUCGGUGCUGCCGGGGCCGGCGCACGCCUUCCGCGCGCUCUGCACCGCCGAGGGGGAGCCGCCGCCCGCCCUCGACUGGUCCGGCCCGGCCCUGGGCAACGGCUCGGCCGCCGUGCCGGGCCCGGGCCAGGGUCACGGCCACCAGGUGACCGUCGAGCUGCCCGCGCUGGCCCACGACGGCCGCUACACGUGCACGGCCUCCAACAGCCUGGGCCGCGCGGAGGCCAGCGUCUACUUGUUCCGAUUCCACGGCGCCUCCGGGGCCCCGGCGCUCGCCCUCCCGCUCGGCGCGCUUGGCCUCAAGGCGUUACUGCUGCUCGGCAUUCUGGCCGCCCGCGCCGCCGCCCGCCGCCGCCUAGAGCACCCAGUUGCCCAGGACACCCCACCACGGCCCCAGGCUCAGGAGUCCAACUAUGAGAAUUUGAGCCAGAUGAGCCCUGGGGACCCACCAGCGGCCACAUGUGUACCAUGAGGAGCCCCUUGGCCACUGGCAUCCACUUGUACCCCAUGAAGAGCAGAGGCCAAGGCCAAGCUUGGCUGGGACGGCCCUUCCUGGCUCCCAGCCACAUGGGCAGCCCCUGGCUGGGCGACCUCCCACAAAGGAUGUCAAGAUCCUGCUCACAGAGGCUCAGUGGUCUCCUAUAAGGAUGUCUGUCCCAGAGCCCCCGGGAUAUUUAUGUCAGUGGGACCAGCAUUUUGAGUGUGUGUGCACGCGCACAUGCGUGCAAGCUCCAGCAUGAAACUCACGGACAAACUCUCGCCCUUUCCUACACAGAGCGUCAUAGUAGAACAGACAGGGCUGGGGCUUCUGAGGCUGGGGCUGCGUAAACCUGUGGUCCCAGGAACAUCCACUCAGCGGUGAGGAGAAGCCUGGUCCCCCUGCCUCCCAGGGUCUCCUCUGUGACUGCCCCCCACCCUCUGCCCACCUCUUACCCCAUCGGCUGCUCUGUGCUCCUUGAACUGGGACCCCCUGGGAACCCAUCGUCUCCUGCAUCUGGGAUCCACUGCCCUCAAGAACCCAACGCUGAGAGGCUAGGGGCCAGUCUGGGCUGCAGGGUCCCAUGGAUAAGGCAGCUGCAGCAGCGACCUCUCCCUAUGACCCACACCCUCCCCGGACGUGUGAGGUCCAAAAGCACCAGCAAUUUCACGGCAUUUGCCCGAGGCCUCUCAGGCUGACUUUGUGGGGUGCUACCUUCCACAUUCACACGUCAGUGCGAGUGUGUGCAUUUUAGCUCCCGCAGUCCCUGGGGUCAGGAGAUGGGGGGAGCAGGUGUGCUUGAGACCCGGGCAAGCUGGCAAGAGGAAAGGGCCACAGAGCUAGGGGACUGAAGAGGCGAUGGGGACAAACUUUCCCUCAGAGCUUUUCCCAAAGCUAGGCUGGUAACCCAGAGUGGGGAGGGGCCCU